CGGAGCUGCAGCCAUGCAACCGCUUCAAAACCCGUUCUUGUUUGUUGUACAGAUUCUGGCGUUCCUCGGCACGUGGCAGCCCUUGGAUUCCUUUUGCGAAGCUAUCGUCCUGCCUCUAUCACCAUGUUACGUCAGAGGUCAACACUAUGGCGGAAACGCCACAUCAUCAACCCUUGACACGGCGUACAUCGUGCCCCGACUUGGCUGGCCAUUCCCAUCGCCUACGACACCAGUCAGCCGGACGUACUUAAGAGCGACGCUUUCAUCGGGCCACUUCAGUGGGCUGGACGGAGCGGCAGCCAUGCAACCGCUUCAAAACCCGUUCUUGUUUGUUGUACAGGUUGGUAAACACCCAUCGUUGCACGCUAAGCGAUCCAGUAAUAUCUGUCUGCUGCUCUUCCCAGGCCCACUGGUGAUUCUUUGUGAUUUUUUUGAGUGUAUAUAUGUUGUCAAAUUGCUUAUGUUAGCCGGAGAUGUGGAACAGAACCCUGGUCCUCAAAAGGAGAUUCUAGACGCCAUUGCGGCCUUGUCGGCUAAAAGUGACGCACGCCAUACCGAGGUAAUAGGGAUGUUAUCAGAGGUCCGAGCUAAUCAGCAAAAACUCGAGGAAAAAGUUUCCAGCUUAGCCAGUAGGCUCGCAACAGUUGAAUCCCUGGUGGAAUCAUAUGAAGCAAAUCAGAAUGGUGUUGAUCUACCGAGAGUAGUCGAUGAAGCUGUGCGAGACCAAACUGCAGCAAUAACUUCUCGGUUGGACGAGCUGGAAGACCGCUCUCGCCGUGACAACCUUAUAUUCUACGGGAUUCCUGACGUCCCAGCUGAGAACUGGUCCGAAUCUGAAACUAAAAUUCGAAACUGCCUUACUAGUUUACUACAGAUAACUUUAAUAGACGAAGCCAUUUCCCGCGCCCACAGGCUGGGUUCCUAUGCAGUAAAUAAACACCGGCCCAUAAUCGUAAAAUUCUCGUCCUCAAAACUUAAGCAAAAGGUUUUCACUGAGCGAAAAAAAUUCAAAGGUUCUGGAAUUUCUGUUAGCGAAGACUUCUGCCGCGCCACACGCUUGUCACAGAAAAAAUUGAUUGAAUUCGGAAAGGCUAGCGGACAGAAAUAUGCGCUACGGCUCAACCGUCUACAAAUCGACAAAAAAACUUAUGUUUACUGUCCGGUAACUGAUCGUGUGUGCGAAAUCCACACAAACGAGCUUCGUUCAACGAAUUCUGUCCCAAAUGCACCUUCUGAUGGCCCUAGCAAUUCGCAAACAUAGCGGUGUCAUGGUCCGGUGGCAAAAAAUAUUUCUCUUUUGUAUUCAAAUAUUCGCAGCGUAUGCAAUAAGCGGGAUGCUUUAUCUUCUGUCGUUGACACGUGCAGUGCCGAUAUUGUUAUCCUGACAGAGACGUGGCUUUCUAGCAAAAUUGAAGACCGUGAAAUUUUGGAAUGCGAGGGUGUUUACCGUUUCUAUCGACAUGACCGCGAUGUACGGUGUGGUGGUGGUGUACUUAUCGGUGUUCGUGAUUCGAUUACCGCUGCUGCAAUUGAGCUUGCCUCACCAUUAGAGCUGGUGUGCACGCGCGUAGGCUUCGAACGCAAAAAUUUUAUCAUUUGCGUCGUUUACAGGCCCCCUUCCUCACCUAACACAUUUUGUUCAGACCUUCACGAUGCCUUAAAUAGUCUAAUUUUACGGUUUCCUUCCACGCCACUAAUACUCCUUGGGGACUUUAACUUUCCUGGCAUUAACUGGCAUACUGAUCCCCCUUCAACCCAAGAGUGCUGUUCUGAAUAUUCCGAAUUCAUCAGCCUUUGCCUUGAUUUUAACCUGCAGCAGCUUGUUCUGAAGCCUACUCGAUGUUCUGCACACUCGGCUAAUAUCCUGGAUUUAAUCCUUACUACAUCCCCGGAAUUUUUUUCGCCCCUAACUUACCUACCGGGUAUUAGCGACCAUUGUAUAAUCCAGUGUAAUUUGCAGUUAACCAUGCCAUCUGUUACCUCGUCGAAAGUUAUACGUGAUUACAAAAAUGCUGAUUUUGCCGCAAUUAAUAACGAACUAGAAACUUUCAUCACUGACUACAUUCCAAGUUUCCACACUCGAUCGGUUGAAGAAAACUGGUCAAUAUUCAAAGAAAAAGCCAACUCCUUAAUUAACCGGUACAUCCCGCAAAAACGUAUUUAUUCCAAUUCUCGCGCACCCUGGUUCAACGCGCGUCUUAAACGUUUACUGAA